UCAUAGAGAAAUCUAUUUACAGAUUUUCAGCCGGCUGCAAGAGGAAUUUUUCUUCUGAAAAUAAAAACAAUGUGAACUUAUUUCUUCAAUGGAAAACCCUGGGCUUAAUGGCAUAAUGAAGACAGAAGGAGAACUCCGGCAGAAAAAAGUAAGGUUUCGAGUAUCUUCAGCAAAUAGUGGAAGGGUGCUGAAGGAGGUGUACACUGAUGGAGACCUGGUGGGCUUGCAAGUGUCUGAGUGUGCCAGCGUUUCUGAGACAGAGCAAGGCAGCGGUUACAGUGAAGUGAACGGAUAUAACAAGCAGCAUUUCUCCCUGGAAACUGAUGGCAGUGAAAGUGAAUGCGAUGACCUGCUUCUGUUAGCAAGCACCACAAAAGACAGAGGAAUCUGUAGAAAGAGAAUUAAUAUCUUGAGUAAAAAUGGUACAGUAAGAGGUGUCAAGCACAAAGUCAGUGCUGGACAGGCACUUUUCAGUAACUUGUCAAAUGGUGCUGUUCAGCCGCCACUGGCUCUCGAGUUUGGAAGAAUAGUAAUCUACACUACUAGCCUUCGUGUUGUGAGGGCAACGUUUGAUCGAUGCGAGCUAGUAAGGAAAAUUUUCCAAAAUCACAGAAUAAAGUUGGAAGAAAAAAACAUUGCUUUGAACAGUGACUAUGGAAAGGAGCUAGAAGAGCGUUGCAAGAGAGCAAAUGAAUCUCCUUCCUUACCUGUAGUGUUCAUCGAUGGCUGUUACCUAGGGGGUGCAGAGAAAAUAUUGUCAAUGAAUGAAUCAGGAGAGCUGCAAGAUCUCUUAACAAAGAUUGAGAAAGUCCAGCACCCACUGGAGUGUUCAGCUUGUGGAGGUUUUGCAUUUGUUCCGUGUUCAGUGUGCCAUGGGAGCAAGAUGUCCGUGUUUCGAAAUUGCUUCACUGAUUCCUUUAAAUGCCUUAAGUGUACCUCUUGCAAUGAAAAUGGAUUACAGCAUUGCAGGCUCUGUGUGAAGUCAAACUCCCAUCAUCAUGGAAAAUAACAUUCUAAUGGCAUUUGUCAUGGCUCGACAGUAAAUGUGUCCAUAGGAACCUGCCUUUUCUGAUCUUAAUUUCAGCACACUAAUUAAUUGCAAUGGAAAUUAAAAUCCCAAUUGCCACUCUGCUUUUGCUGGAAGAGCAAAAUAAAUAAAAAAAAAAAUCAUUAGGUACUAAAUUGUGAGUUGCCUAUUCCGAAAAUUAAACUUGAUUUGUAUUUUGGGACAAAGUGGGUUACAUUUUGCCUCCAGCCUGCUUCACCUUCAUUCACAAAAACUUUCAAACAUUAGGUGCAAACAUUGUUGUUCAUUCCUUUUGUUGAGAGGCAUGAACAGGGCAUUGGGAGUGUAUGUGUAGUAAAAAAGCUGGGUAGAGACUACAAAUCACAAGUAAUAUACAACACUGAAAUGUUUAAUGGAACUGUUAAAGGACAAAUAAAGGAAACCAUAUGAAAUCUAUGAGAAAUACUUUUAUUUGGACUGGUUGAGUCUUUUUUCCAUCCUGUUAACUUGUACUUUUUCUUAAAAUAUAUGGAUAAAUUAACUAUA